CUAACGCAGAAACUUUUAUCCACAGGAGAAUUUCCCCGCGAUACUUUUAGAGUUGGACUCCACUCUCUUACCCAUCGUCGUCCAUCUGAAAACGGCGAAAAGAGCACGAGACAAUGACAGUCACCAUCGCCAUGUAAAUGCGUUUUACUGAAGAAGAGACGUAAUUUUCGCUGAAAUUUUUUUGUUGAUUCUGAUCAGCCAUGGAGUCUGGAAUGAUGGUUCUUCCAUUAACUUACGCUUCUCCAAACGAGUCGUGUUCAAAGGGACAUAAAAGAAUUAAAUUAUCAAGUGAUGCAAAAACUUAUGGUUGUACUACUUCCUCCGUGUCUAUGAAAGACGAAACAGAAGAGAAGAAGGCAGAGGUUUCACAGAAUAUAAUUGAUUAUUCUGAUCCAUUUGCCAUCUCAAAUUUGCUUGAUAACUUAGAUUCUGGUAAAUUUGGGAGUGUAACAAAGGACAUAAAGGACCUCAUAGAUCGGAAAUUUCAAAUAUGGGGUCCUCUUUGUGCCAACAAUCCUUUACUUUCAAAUAUAUUUUUGAAUGCUGAGAGCCCGAGUAAGCAGGCCACAAAGUUGGCUAUUCAAAAUCCUUUUCAAAAAGUCAUCGAUUUGGAAGAUGACACAGCGGCUUUAACUCAUCAUCCAUCAGUUGUAGUUCUUUCAGAUGAUGAAGAUGAGGAAGAGAAGAGGCCUUCUUAUCCUUUUCACGAGGUUGUCUUGCCACGGCCUGAGCCUCCUGCUGGACAUUUUUUCACAAAGGACAUGAUGAUUAGGGGCUAUUUUGAGAACACAUUUAAGCUUCAGGGCUACCCACAGAACAGAAUUAAAAGGGAAGAAGAAGUAAGUUUAGUUGGUGAAAUUGCUAUCGAGAAAGAUCAGGGUGUUUAUGUUGGUGUGGAAGAGGAUAAUGAUGAUAGAAAGAAGACUGAAGAUGAUGGUCUGGGGGAUAUUUGGCAGGAGAUGUCAAUGGCGUUAGAAUGUUCCAAGGAUGUGGUUGAAGAUAAUACGGGCAAUGAGCACAUGGAAGAAGAUGGUGAGGACUGUGAUCAUUCAUUUGUCUUGAAGGAUGAUCUGGGCUAUGUUUGUCGUAUUUGUGGAGUGAUUGACCGAGGAAUUGAAACCAUAAUUGAGGUCCAGUUUAAUAAGGCCAAAAGGAGCACCAGAACAUACAUGUAUGAUCCCGGAAAUGGCAAAGGUAGAGAUUCCAGCUACAUAGAUGGAGUUAAGUUGUCUGAAAAUGACUUGAUGGUGACUGACAUUGCUGCUCAUCCAAGACAUAUGAAACAAAUGAAACCUCAUCAAAUUGAAGGAUUUAAUUUUCUUCGAAGUAAUCUGGUGACUGAUCAUCCUGGUGGCUGCAUUUUGGCUCAUGCACCUGGAUCUGGAAAGACAUUUAUGAUAAUCAGUUUCAUGCAGAGUUUCUUAGCUAAGUAUCCACAGGCCAGACCACUGGUGGUGCUUCCUAAAGGAAUAUUGGCAACAUGGAAGAAAGAGUUUCAGACUUGGCAGAUAGAAGACAUUCCACUUUUUGACUUCUACACUGUGAAAGCUGACAGUAGAGCUCAGCAAUUAGAGGUGUUGAAAAAGUGGGUGGAGCAGAAGAGUAUUCUUUUCUUAGGGUACAAACAGUUUUCUGCAAUUGUUUGCGACUCUGAAACCAGUAAGGCAGCAGCCACUUGUCAAGAGAUACU